GUAAAAAUGUGUGGCAUAAUUUUGGCACAAUUUUAAAGUUAAAUUUAUUUGUUUCCAUAUUGUGCUGCACAUUAUGAAUAUAUAUAACAUAUACCACAGGGUGCUGUAGAAAAUCAUCGGUCCUUUUUAAGAAAAGAGAGCAAAAGAAAAAUGAGGAGAAGAGCAAUAAUAAUGGUAGUUUUGAUGGUCUUACAAUUUGGGGCCAUUCAUUCAAAGCCAACUACUUAUAUGGUUGGAGACGAAGAUGGCUGGGACUCAGGCCUUGACAUGGAAGGUUGGACUAAAGGAAAAAACUUCCAUGCCGGUGAUUUUCUGGUUUUCAAAUAUGAUAGUCAGCUGUCCGAUGUAGCGGUGGUAAAUCAAACCGGGCAUGAUUCAUGCACCCUUAAUGAAGGAGCCAAAGUGUUUCACUCCGGGAACGAUAAAAUUCAACUUGCCUUCGGGGCUAAUUAUUUCAUCGACACCGUCGCCGAUCUUUGUGCCGCCGGAAUGAAAAUGGCCAUCAACGCCACCGCACCUCCCCCAUCUGUUUAGUCUUUUUAUGACAGUGAUUAUAGAGUUUAGGUCGUUGGAUACGUAAUAAAAUCCCUUUUUUUUUAUACUAAAUCAUUUGCUUAUCUACAGUUAUUAAUAUAAUAAUAUCUUAAAUCUAAAA